AUCGUUGGGAAACGCUCAUAGUACGACAGUCGUACAUUUGGUUUGGUAGUUCGCAGAUGGCGUCCGUGUUCGAAGUCAGUAGCCCCGACGUGCAGUACUCUGCAGACCGCAUCGAGUCUCGUUACAUCUACCGCACGAGCAACGUCAGCGUCAACGCGAGAGGCCAAACCGUGGUGACCCCGCAGUCGACCGUCUUCAACUUCCGAACCGAGCGCAAGGUUCCCCGUCUCGGGUGCAUGCUGGUCGGAUGGGGUGGAAACAACGGCACGACCGUGACGGCAGCCACACUGGCCAACAAACUCGGUCUUCAGUGGCACACAAAAGAAGGAGUGAAACGUGCCAAUUACUAUGGGUCCGUCACUCAGGCGUCUACUGUCAGUCUUGGCACCUCCUCCGACGGUCAAGAGCAUUUCAUUGCGCUCGGCGAGCUGCUGCCGAUGGUUCAACCGAACGACAUUGUGUUUGACGGCUGGGACAUCAGCUCGAGGAACCUGGCUGUUGCUAUGGAGGAUGCACGUGUACUUGACUACAACCUACAGGAGCAACUCAAACCUUACAUGGAGAAACUGAAGCCAAGGCCAUCCAUUUACUUGCCCGAUUUCAUUGCUGCCAACCAGAAAGACAGAGCAGACAAUGUACUGACCGGUACCAAGUGGGAAAUGCUUCAGCAGUUGAGGGCCGACAUUCAAGACUUCAAAACAACCAUGAAUCUAGACAAGGUAAUUGUUCUUUGGACAGCCAACACUGAACGUUUCUGUGAGGUGAAACGGGGACUGAACAUGACAGCCGAUGAACUGAUGGCUUCCAUCGAACGUGGCGAAGAGGAAGUGUCGCCGUCCACCAUGUUUGCUGUUGCCAGCAUCCUGGAGGGAUGUUGUUACAUCAAUGGUUCACCGCAGAACACGCUAGUACCAGGAGUCGUAGAAAUGGCAGAGAAACACGGGGUGUACAUCAGCGGUGAUGACUUCAAGUCGGGUCAAACAAAGAUAAAAUCGGUUCUCGUCGACUUUCUUGUCAGUGCUGGCAUCAAGCCUGUGUCCAUCGUGAGCUACAAUCAUCUCGGUAACAACGACGGCAAGAACCUGUCUGCACCGAAACAGUUUCGCUCCAAGGAAAUUUCCAAGAGCAAUGUCGUCGACGAUAUGGUGGGAUCGAACAAGAUUCUGUACGAAGACGGGAAGAAACCAGAUCACUGUGUGGUUAUCAAGUAUGUGCCCUAUGUGGCUGACAGCAAGCGAGCUCUGGACGAGUAUACGUCCGAAAUAUUUAUGGGAGGAUUGAACACGAUUGUUUUGCACAAUACGUGUGAGGAUUCCCUGUUGGCCUCGCCUAUUAUCCUCGAUCUUGUUAUUCUUGCUGAAAUGUGUCAACGAAUUACAAUGAAAGCGGAUGGUCAAGCCGAGUACACAGGCUUCAACUCUGUUCUCUCACUCCUCAGCUAUCUUCUCAAAGCUCCGGUGGUGCCACGAGACACUCCAGUAGUGAACGCUCUCUUCCGCCAAAGAGCUUGUAUUGAGAACAUCUUUCGUGCUUGUGUCGGUCUUCAUCCACAGAACCACAUGCUGUUGGAGUACAAACUGCCUGCACCCAUGACAGCAAAGACCUCGAGCACUGAGGAAGUGAAAGUGCCACUGAAGACCAAUCCGAGAGGCACAAUCAGAGCACAAGGCCGUCACUGGGAACAUGGAGUAUCUUCAUAGACUGUGCCAUAAUUAAGGUGUUGAGACUUGAUGAUAUAGUUUAUCACAUUGAGCACCAUUACAGUAUUCAUCACAUUAGGGACACAUUUUGCUUCAGUUGAUUCACAUAUCAGAGAAUGGGAUAACUAGCAUGUGGAAUGAAUACAUCUAGAAUUAGAGUUGUGUACUUGGACGGUGAAAUAUGUGUACAUGGGUGAGUUUUGCGCGGCCGAAGUUUUGGAGCCGUAUAGAGAGAGUUGCAACGUGACGAUUUGGUCACGUGAUGUACGGGCGCCAUUUUGUGUGCACUUGCGCAGUGAACGCAUCGGGAAAUCAAGAGAUAAGCUGGAUUUACAAUAUGGAAACGCUUGAGCGUCACGUCGCGUAGUACAAAUUCAAAUUGUAAAUGGUCUACGCGACGCGACGCGUUCAAAUAGAACCAAGUUCUAUUUGAGCGUCGAAUCGGAAGCUGUACACGUCGCGUCGGAAGUAGCACCUUCAUUUCGACCAAUCACAGCCAACUAUAAAUGCACGUGUGGCUUCCUUGGGCAAUGAUUGUUGAUUUGGCCGCUGUACUCGACGUUGAGCGGUCUAUAGAUUGUGUAGGGAGCUGUCCUUGCUUGUUGAUGAUCAACUGCAAGACGUACAAAGACCUGGGUGCAUGGGAGAACGCCUAGAAAUUGAUUUUGAGCAAGCUGGGGGUUCCGGCAGAGUUCUGCUAGUAGAAAAUCGAAGCGCGAGUGGUCAGUUCAAUAAUUCAGGCAGCGACGUCUACGGUGCGCUGAAAUCGUAUUGUGAAUGGGACGACGCGUGUGACGCGUUCGUGCCACUCCCACGCAAGAUAACGUGACUGGACGCACGCGACGCGACGCUCAAGCGUUCCCAUAUUGUAAAUCCAGCUAUAGUCGCUUUGUGUAGUCGCUGCUUGCGGAAAGCCUUGCUGUUUCGCUUGGGGAUGCAGCAAUACAACUGUAAAAUGGUACAAGCCGUGUUGCUUUCCAAAAGACCUUGCAAGAAGGAAGGGAGAUCUCGGAGGCGAAAGUGAGGCGACGUUGUUGGGCGGCAUCUCUGACGAGCUUAUUUCUCUACUAGGCUUGUUUUGAUGAGUCCCAAUUCGAGAAUUGCACGCAGAGCUGACAGGAAGAGAAAGCUGAAAGGGAAUACAGUAUGCCAUUUCGACGAUAUUCCCUCAUCGCAAAGCUGACUUUCAGAGAAAGUCUCCUCCAAUUAGGACGAAGAGUAGAUCCAGAAUCAAGAGCUCCCCUCGCCUCGUUGGAUCAUUCCUUCUGUUCUUUCAUGGAGGUUGGGAGCAAAAGUUUCUUCAAAUGACGGAGAAGUGGUUGCAGUUGAUGAUACAGGAGAAGUAGUUGUGUGAUGAUGAGGUUCCUCAGUUGACACCCUGUCUUAGCUAGAAUGCAAAAUAAUUAAUUAAGGAAACUGACGAGAGAGCUAGUUCAAGCUAAACACGAGAAGAGAACAAUUUUGCAUCAGAAACUGAAAAUAAAGGAAAGAUUGACAUGUUUUGGAAAAGACCAGCUCACUGCUCUUUCAAGAGGCCUAUAGCAUGAGAGGCAUGCUUUGGACAUCGUCAACCAUUAAUUAAGAACUUUGAUGUGCUUGUGGAUCUGUUGAAUACAACCUACUUUUGAAACAGCAGCAUCCAUUGCCAUCUGUUCGUACUCUUCAACGAAGAAUGUCAACCAUCUCUUCUAACUCUACCAUAGACCAUCUUCACUCAAAACUGCAGUAUCUUUGUCAACAGGAGAAACGUUGCUGUUUGACAAUGGAUGAAAUGUCCGUUGCCUCAGAUUGAGUUUGAUACAAGUAGUGGUCAGAGGUGAAGUCACACUGCCUGGUCAAGUUAAGCAUGGGCAUGCCACGCACUUUUAGGUUGGGUGGGUUAGCAUCACGGUGGAAGCAGAUAGUUGCUUACUACUUUACUGACAAUUUUACUUUUGCCACUGUUCUCAAGCCCAUUGUAUUGAAAUUAUAUGGUGCAUGGACCAUAAUUGGAUGUAAUUAACAUGAGAGGUAAUUAGAAAUUUAAAAUGUAAUAUAUUUUUAAUAUAUUAUAAACCAAAAAUAAAGAAACCACUUUUUAAAGG